CGUCGAGUUAGUUGAUGUUUGGACCAAAAUGUUAGACAGAAUUGAAAUUGGGAGAUCAAAUUCUGAUUUCGAAAGUUUUAUGCAAUUGAAAAAUUGGAGGAGUAAAGUGUUAGUGGACUCUUCUCUCCCCCUCCUCUUCGGUCUCCUUGCUUCGGCCGGAGAGUCGUCUUCGUUUUCGUCUCCCUCCUCCUCCUCUUCUGCUGCGAGGAAAUGGCGUCCGCUGCUCACGAAGAAGCCGAAGCCACAAAGCCCGGAAUGGCUCAGAACCGCAAGCUCCAUAAAGCCUUCAAGCACCUCAAAUCGCACGCUUCAGCCAUAGCCAACUUCACUCUCCAAUGGCAGGACCUCGAGGACUACAUCCACUCCCUCCAGCACCAAAUCGAAUCGAGGCUCGCACAGCUCAAGAGCCAGACAGUGGCGGAACCGGCACCGCAGGAGCAGAAGGCCUCCGCACCGGAAGCUCAGUCCGGCGGUAUCCCUGACGGCAGCGUUAGGGAGAACGCUCGAUCGUCGCCGGUCAGGGGAAGUUCCGGUUCAAUUCCGUCGAAGGACGGUAAAUCACUGUUGUUGCACUUAACUGAGCACAUGAAAGGCCGUAAGAUCAAUCGAGAUGAUCUUCAUAAUGCCUUGAUUGGUGCUGAAAAUUGUGGAGAAGUGGUGCUUGAGGCUAUGAGACAGUAUUUUCAACUGCGGGAGAGUCGAAAUGGUGAAGUGCCUUUUGAUGCGACUGUUGCGAGGAAAAGCUGCAUGGUGCUACUACAUGAAUUCAUGAGGGGGGAGACUGAGAUUGGGGAGAAAGUAAAACAAGAUGCUAGGAGAUUUGCGGUUCAGUGGAAAGAGAAGCUAGAGACACUCGAAGCAAAUGUGUUUCUCAAGUAUUUGCAUGCUUACAGAUUGGUCGGUGAUUUCAAGGAGGAAGAGAUUUUUAACAUUUUCGAGGGUCUUCUCCGUCGCAAUAAUGCUCCAGAGAUAUUUCGGUCUCUCGGAAUUGAACAUAAGGCUCCAGAUUUUGUUGCGAAACUUCUUGCACAGAACAAGAAAAUCGAGGCAGUUACCUUUAUAUAUGCAUUCGACCUGGUUAACCAAUUUUCUCCGACAUCACUUGUUAAAGAGCAUCUGAAUUGGGCAAAGAAGGAAGCAGCGGUGGCCCGCCGGAGUGGACAGACUGCUGAGGCUUGGGUUGAGGCUGCAAAUGUUGAAUGCAUUGCUCUAUCUGCCGCAGUGAACUGCAUUAAGAAUCACAAUCUCGAGUCCCAGUUCCCGACUGAAGCCCUCACUAAACGCAUCAUUCAGCUGAGAAAGCAUAAAAGUGAGAGCAAGAAACUCAUCUCAAGAUCUCAAUCCACAGCCCAGCCUCAGCAGCACAGUGGACAUAAACGCCAAUUCCCGAACCAGCCCAAUAAGCAAAAUGGUAAUAAACGUCAUCAGGCACCCUUCGCUAAAGGAGCUUCCCGAGGUGCUCCUAUAGGCGCUCCUUCUUCAGUGAACCCUACCCGACAAGUCCAAGAGUCCCCGGUGGCAGCAUCAAGAAAUACACCCAACACUGCUAUUGAUUUCCCUUUUGAAAGAAAAUUCAUACCACCAACAUAUCUCCCACCCUCAGAUCCCUAUGUGCCUCAAGAUAUCGAUGUUUCUCGGGCAGCAGAGGUAAAUGGACCCACUACUUUCAGAAACUCAACCCUUUCCGCAACAAAUCUCCGUCAGCCACCCCAAUUGUCAACUCGAGGGUUUCGCAGCUCUCGGCCCACCUCUGUUACUGAUGGGCUCCCUUCCAUCAGAAACCCGUUACCAGCUGAUCUCCACCCACCACGACCAUUUCUGUCAAAAUAUGCAGACGUGUCUCAUCACUGGCUAAUGGAUUCAUUCCCUGCCUCUAGGCAGCACCCUUUUAUGGUGAUUCUUGAGACUGAAGGAUCGAGCUCGACAUCUGGGCAUUACAGAUCAGCAGGAUCCUCUGUUGUCCCACCAUAUAAUGCAAAUUAUGGGGAAAGUGGAGCCACCAGUGCCAGGCUCUUUGAGCAAGAUGACAUGGCAGCGGGUAUUCGCUCUGAUCUUGCUGCCAUUAGUGCAAUGAAAUACGAAACAGCUAUGAAAUACGAAGCAGCUGGAUCUUCUUCCUUUCUGUAUGCAGAAAGAAGUCCCUUAGUUUCCUCCACUGUCCCGAGAUCUCAGCAUUACUUGCACACACAUGAUUAUCCUGCCCAACCUUCUUCUGACAGCUACAACAGUUUAUCAUCGCAAGGACGGCCCCCGAGGUAUACACUGUAGUCUGUAAUCGUACCCGUAUCCAUUGUCUUCGUUUACAGGUUUCUGCACAUUGAAUUCUUUAGUGGACGACUAGCAACUGUAUCUAUAUAUUCUUUCUAUUUAUGAUUCAAAUACACAUUGUGAAAUAAAUUCAAAUUGUGUACUUAAUUGCUAAA